GUACUUUCCAGUGAAUUUCUCCGUUACACUGUAGAUAGUUUGUGUGUUCUCUUUCCACCGUGGUAGACCGAGUGUUGGAUGAAAAAAAUUGUAGGAGGUUGUGUUCAAGACACGACCGCAUUGUUGACGUAGAACUACGCUGUAUUUUAACUCAAGUCAUUGUAGGAUCAUUUGAUGAUUCAUUCUUGUACUCGCAGAACAAUACAUGCUCGAAAUAAGCACAGCUGUCAUCCUUAGUGGAAAAAGUUUGCUACUGGCGUGCGAAACCUAAUCACAUAAAAAAUUUACUUUCUUGGUGACUAAAUAAACGAAAUAAGCUCUAUCUGUUAAUCUCAACAAUCUCGAAAAGAGUAGCUUCAUUAUGAUCAUGAUUAGCGAAAAUGCAAUCCUAGUUGAAAGCAGUUUUGUGACUGGCACGCGAGCCCAAAUAAAUUAAUAACUUAAUAUAACUUAUUGAAUAACUUGUUAUUCCCCAAAUAUUUUUUGGUGCACAACCUUAACACCUGCUUCAUCAUAGCGUCAGUUCAAUGCAUUGAUGACAGAAAGCAAACAAUGUUAACUGCUUGGAAAAAGGCUGAAUAUUUUCCUCAGCAGAGAUUCAUUACCAAUACAUUACAAGCGAUAUGAUUUGUUUUGAAUAUAGAAUGACACUGAAAGUUUGCCUUCCUUUCUUGCUUGAGACUUUGAACUUCUUCAGUUCAUUUGUCUCUAACCUUCAAAAAGGCCCUUGGAAAACUUCACUUUAUCUAUAAUAUUACUCCUCCACCACCAUUGCCUUGAGAAAAGCAUUCGAUCCCUCGCCGUCCAGCUCGCCCAGCAACGAUGUUGUUCACUCACGAAGAAUGAAAGUUUGCCUCAGCGAGAUCCACUGUUUAUACUCUAGGCAAAUGUCCCCCUUCGUUCUUCUACCUUUCCUUUGUUCACGGAGACUUUACAUCUUACGAUUUCCUCUUCGUUGCUCGUCGAUAAGUUGCUUGUUAUUGACAGCUUUGUUCGGGAAAGCACACAAAUGAACAGAACAAUUGUAUGAGGAAAUGGGAAUGCUUCCAAUUUUCAUCAAUUUAAACCAUAUACAGACUAUGGGAUUGUAAUGUAUAACAUAUGAAGCAAAUCUUAGGGAAUUUCCGAUUCGUUUGGUAUGGAAAUUGCCAAAAUCCGUUCGCGGCAAAAUAGUUAUUAACGUUAACUUUAUUUCAUAAAAAUGUGACCUGUUUUCUGAUUUGGCACCCUUAAUGAAAGACGUAGUUCUACGUCAAAAUACUGGUCUUCCAUCUUCUUGUGCUCGCACAUAUCUAGAACUAUGGUGAUUUUAGAACAAAAAGGAGCGCUCUCGUUGAGGAUAACGGAGAAGGUGGGUGAAUUUAAGUUUCUCCUCGCUACACAGAUGAUAUGGACAUCACUGGCCUCGUGUUACCAAUACAGGUAGAUUGUGUGGGUCUCGUAGCACUUCGUUGAAGCACUCGGCUAUCUUUUGAUGUAAGACAAUCGGCUUCUUGUGCCAGAAGUUCUGAACACUUUCAAGACCCGGUGCUGCCCAGUUCCCCAGGUUCGUUCACUCCGACGAUGAUAUCUGGCAUCUCUCCAAUUUCAGCACAACUCUCCUCCUCCCAUCUUAACUACAUUUGCCCUUCGCGAUGUUGUACAGGGGUCUCCCAAAUACCAGCCCAGAAAUUCAUUAAUCGCUGAUAUCUGGCAAACCUUCGCUGUAGUCGGAUUUCUCUUCGUUUAUGUGGUCGUAAAACCCAUUCUCGUUAUCUCUGAACAUACGAUUUGGUUCUUGGCGCUUUGCAGAGUCAGAGUAAAGUUUCAGUCGUUUUGAUAGGAUGCUCAAUUGAUGUACCGAGUUUUUCCGUCAACUGGCCAGCUCCUAGCCGUCGAAGUUCAGUAGGCAGUAGCUGACAUCUCUCCAAUUUCACCACAACUUUCCUCCUCCCAUCUUAACUACAUUUGCCCUUCGCGAUGUUGUACUGGGGUCUCCCAAAUACCAGCCCAGAAAUUCAUUAAUCGCUGAUAUCUGGCAAACCUUCUCUGUAGUCGGAUUUCUCUUCACUUAUGUGGUAGUAGAACCCAUUCUCGUUAUCUCUGAACAUACGAUUUGGUUCUUGGCGCUUCGCAGAGUCAGGGUAAAGUUUCAGUCGUUUUGAAAGGAUGCUCAAUUGAUGUACCGAGUUUUCCGUCAACUGGUCAGCUCCUAGCUGGCGGAGUCAGGAACUCAGGAAACGCAGGAAGUCAGGAAAACGACAUAACUUCGUCGAUCUGUUGCCUGUUUUGUACGUUAUCAGCCUUCAAAUUGCGGUGCGCUUGUUUCGGAUCCGUUGCUUUAAUCUCUUUUGCCAAGGAAGCUCACGGCUCUCACGGAUAUGUUGGAGCAGUCCGCCUCUUGGCCUCACAAGGUAUCCCAAACUUUCGGCGAUCGGCACAGCAGCACAAUAAACUGUCAGUUGCAGCUCCUCUAUAUUCUGAGCAUCAACCAAGUGCAGCGGAUGAACGUGCUCGUUCAUGAGCUUUACUGCACUUGUCAAUCUACGGGAAUGCUUCCCGAAGAUGCAACGUGCUCUGUUACUAUUAAAGCGUAUUUCUCUCUGAGCCUGUUGCUUAAUCUCGCCUGCUGUUACGCCUCGUGUCCAUCGCAUUUUUGGCCAACCCGGCCGCGGCCGCCCGGAUCUCGCAUGGUCAUUGGCCGAUCCAGUCUACCGGUACCAAUGAAGUGUGGUAUAGAUGAAAUUCCGCUUCACCCCGUGGGAUUUCAACCGCCGGAAUAUGUUGCCGGAUCACUCACCUUUCGCAAACAACUUUACUGCGACGUCACGGAAGGUGUGCGUGGAAAACAAACAAUAAAUGACAGCAAGUCGACACCGCGCGCGUCAGUUAGCUAUAGGCUUACAGCCUAUAGUCCAAAUAAACAAACAAAUCAAUACUAAUACACAGAAUGCACAUGGUGCGCACCAACACAGCGAUGAAAAGUUGUAUUCGAACUUAUGGAACACCCUACAUAUGGAUUGAUUUUUGUCUGUCUGUGCCUUAUAGACUUGGGAGUUACUAAACCGAUCGGCGUGAAAUUUUCUAUGUAUGGUUUUUUUUGGGCUAGGGAAGAUUCUGGUGAUGGUUCGAGAUGCCUCCCCCUCUGGGAGAGAGCGUUCCCAAACAAAUGAAACACAAAUUUCUUAAAGUUUCUUUUUUCUAGUCAAGCAAAUGGAAUCAAAUUUGGAUAUGUUUGUCUGUUGGCUCGGCACCCCUCCCCCUCUCUGUGCUAACAUUGGUUUACGGGCAGAGAGAAAUAAAACAAAUAAAGCCGGCUCAAAUCUGACCAUUUCUUCCUCGGGUUUUGCGCUUAUCAACACAUUUGGCGAUCCAUUGUUUAUAGAGGUUAUAGAAAGUUUAGACUUCCAAACUAAAUUCAAUUCUAGCCGUGACAACUGCCAAUUGAAGAACAGUUCACUUAGUGAAAGGACGUGAACGUUAACAAAAAAAAAAUAUUUCAAAGCUUGUGUUCAUUUUUAAAUGAUCUCUUAACCUUAAACAACAAUACGGAAAGAAAAGAAGACAGCAUGUCAGUUUCCUUACUACAAUUUAUCACUUUACUGCGUUUUUUUUACUCUUAUAUGCUGUAUUCAUUGAUUCUUAUUUAUUAUCAGGAGAUUCGACAAAACUCAUAAUCUGAUUUAUCGCAAUUUUUUCUCCUUCAUUCGGAUAAACGUUAUAUUUGGGUAAAUGUUGCAUUCGGGCAGAUGUUCAUUGUUUUAUUCGGGUAUUUGUUACAUUUUAGUAAAUGUACUGCGGGUGAAUGGUAUUCGGAAAAAUGUUACACAAUCGUUAGAAUGACCUGUUCGUCAAUGGCCCACAUCUAAAAUUAGCUGUGAAUGCGAAACAAACAAGAGAAACCUUCCCAUUCGAGGAUAUAAUAUGCAAUAGUUUAUUUUUACAAGUUACAAGAAAUCGAACAUAAAACGGCUUAACACUAGAGAUGCAAAUAAAAUAAAUUUUGCUCCGAUACAUACACUCGCAGGCACGUACACACACACACUGAGAAACAAUUUUCGGGGGAGGGUGGGCUAUCGCCAAUAAGAAGGGAAACAUUGAAAUAAAAUGCCUUUCAAUUGAAAAAAAUAGUUAUUUACGAUAUAGGGACUUAACUCAGUAAACUAGUUCGAACUGAGAAAACAAACUGAUUUGUCGGUAAGUUAAAACAAAAUAUUUAGAGGUAGUUCUUAGCAUGAUCGGUGCGGGAGUAAAAAACGAUCCGCGAAUGAUAUUUAGAUGUAUUAGUUAGAUGUACGUGUACAAAACCGACCCUGGCAAGGAAAAAGCAACGCCUACUUUGGUAGUUUUCUGGUUCUAGUUAGUUGAAAAAAAAACCGAUGUGUGCAAUGAUGAUUGAGGACCAUCCCCUUUGGUUCGUGUUCGAAAAAAUGUGUUUAGUAAAUUCAGUUAUCGAACUACGCUUUCUCUGCACGCUUUCGAAACAUAUAUUCGAUAUUUAUUCAAGUUUGAUGAAUGUUUACAAAAAAAAGCUAUUGGAACAAAUAUUUCAUUGGAAGUUUGAUAUUAGUGCGAGAAGAACACGGCAAACAUGUGCAAUAUGUUUUUUUUUUUGACCCGUGAGAAUGAAAUGUAUUUAAAAUAAUGACGAUAAUUCAACUAUGUUCAAAAUACACAACUUAACGAUAAUCCCGUCGUCAAUCGUCAAAUAAUUCAUCUACAUUUGUUUUUUUUUCUCCCCGGCACAUAAACACAGUUACCGAUAGUUCAGAAACAGUGUUACCGGGCGAUUUACCGAUAUGGAUUAAGAUAUCGUACCGAGAGUUGAGAUGGGUCAAAUCCAGUUGGUUUUUUUUCUAAAUUAUUAUUGUUGCUGAUUAGUUGAAGAACACUAUCUUAUUUUGUUUCACCAGCAACAAUUUAAACAUUCAGAGAAAUAUAAAUAUGGGUUCGCUACCGGCAGAUAAUCAUUCAUCUAUUCUUUAACGUGCAGAAGUUCAUCAUAAUUUGAUGUUUAUAUUCAAUGAAAUCAGGUGGGAAAUAAAUAAAAUUCUUUGAGACAAAUGUGUGUUUGUAUUUUAUCUGAAACAAUGUUGACCAUGUUUAAGGUUAUUUUUCAUGAACCAUUUUGAAUAUGAAGCACAUAGAAUACAAGAAUACGACAGACGCACGAGGAUGAGACCCUCCAUAUACCACGCGGACACAGAAAGCCGUAUCUCUAAAGGGUGUCACACAUCAAAUUGCAUCACGGAAAAACGCCGAAGAAAAUUACCCAUUGGAUAUUUUCUCUUGAAAAUUGGAUAGAAGUAGUUUGGAGUGUAUCGUUUACACGGUAUUCUCACCACUGUCAGUUUUUCGAAAAUUGAAAAAAAUGGCGUCACCCGAAAAGCAAACUCACGAAUUGAUGUUGCGCAAGCACCUGGAGAAUCCUCAACUCUCUCAUCGGGACAUCGGAAAAUAACUCUGAAUCGUGUCGUCAAUGAUGAAUCGUGUGAUUAAGCGUUGCUGCGAAACUAUAAGUACGAACGGAAGGAGAAAUGUGGUCAGAAUGGAUGUUCUAUCAGUGAUCAGGAUCACAAGCGUGCCGUGAAAGCGUUGAGGCGGAAUCCCAAAGUUGAAUCUGUUCAUGUCAUUCGUUCAGAGAGCCAAGGGUCAGCAAAGUCACGGUCCCGGAAACUGCACACCCUGAUGCUGACGAAGCCUCACGGUCAACCAGAAGAGUAGGAAAUUGUUUCGAAACAGGACUGUUGUGUUAAAGAGCUUCCAGAUAGUUAUCCGAUAGCCGUGAGGAGGAUGAAGUAUUUGGAGCAACGCCUAGUGAAAGCGCCAGCACUGUUUGAGAACGUAUGUUAUCAGAUCGAGCAGUACUGGCAGAAAGGAUAUGCGCAUAUAGCAACCGCUGAAGAACUGACUGAAACAGAACCGGGCAAAGAUUAAUAGCUUCCAUUCGAAACCGGGUAUCCAAGUCGGAAGAAGUUUUCAGUUUUCAGGAGGAAUCGAAAGCAGCACAAACUGAUCACUUCAACCAAGACAUAGUGAACGGAAAUGAGCGAGUGAUCGCAAUAAUUUAGGAUACAGUUCAUGACGUGUUCUCCUUUUCGGCCAAAUACUGUGAAGAUUUGAAAGAGUAGUUUUUAACACACUUUUUUUGGCAUCCCGUUUUAUUACAUUAAAUGAGCUGAAAAAUAACAUAAAUUGUUCUACUCCCCAAUACAUGUAUAUCAUUUGUAUAAUAUAUAUGCUAGAG